AUGGUGAAUAUUCCUAAGUCUCGUCGUACUUUCUGUGCCAGCUCUAAAUGCAAAAAACAUACUCUACACAAGGUGACGCAGUACAAGGCUGGGAAAGCGAGCUUGUAUGCGCAGGGAAAGCGGCGUUACGAUCGGAAACAGUCAGGUUAUGGUGGUCAGACAAAGCCUAUCCUACGAAAAAAGGCUAAGACCACGAAGAAGAUCGUACUUCGUAUGGAAUGUUCCGUUUGCAAGUAUAAAAAACAGUUGCCGAUCAAGCGAUGCAAACAUUUCGAGCUUGGUGGUGAUAAGAAGAAGAAGGGACAAAUGAUCCAAUUCUAA